GUUUUGAGUAUUAUUGAUUUCUUAAACGAGUAUGAGGUAGAACCGUAUGACGCAAAGAUAGAUAAGUACACAAGAAUUCUCAAAGCCAUCGCUAAUGAUCAGCAAGGAGAGAGGACUAAAAAAGCGCAAUCACUUCUCGACAGUUUUAUGCUGACAAGUAAAGAUAA